UAAUAUUUUAUUACUAUUUGUUGUUGUUAAAUUGUAACUGCGCAUUAAUAGAUUUUUCUUAAUAUGUUUUAAUUUAUUUUGAAGAAUACAACACUCUACCAAUAUUAUUUAUUUCUUCGGACCAGUUAUAGAAAAAACAUUUGGAAUGCUGACAAGAUCAAGAGCCUUUUCUACACAGGCAUUAAAAGUUGUCAACAAUGUUGCUAAGCAACAGUUUGUAGUCGGCUUGAAGGAUGCAGAAGCUACAUUAACCUAUGAACAAAAAGGAAAAGAAAUAUCAUUCAAUUAUACAGAGGUGCCUCCGGUCUUUCAAGGAAAGGGUGUUGGGAAAUUACUGGGACAGUAUGCAUUCGACUAUGCCCUGAAAAACCAACUAGAUGUUACAUGUAGAUGUCACUUCCUAGCGAAGUACUAUCAGGAUAACAUCAAUAAGUACAAAAACCUAAAAGUGAAACUUGAAUUAGAGUAGUUUAAUUUAGUAGUUUUUAAGAAAAUGGAGAAUAUUUGGCAUAGGUGUAACAUACAUUAUUAUAUAAGAGAGAAGUGUUUUGGCAAAGCUAAAGAAAUUGCUAAGCAUGCUUCAUUGCAAUUCAAUGAUUCUUCAGAGUUUUUAUUUUACCAUGGUUUGGCUAACAUACUUGAAGGGCAGGUACAAACAGGUAUACAAGAAUUGUCGCAACUACAGUCUGAUAAAGAUGUGCAGUUGGCUGUUGUCAUGGCAUUAAUCUAUAGUUAUAAGCUCGUGAAUACUAUAGAAAGAGAUGAACUACAUAAUUUAGAAGCUAAAUUAAAAGAAGAACGGAAGUAUGCCAGUGCUACAUCGCUAUACUUUGCCGGUCUUUUUCUGUCCUUUGCAGAAAAGUAUGAGAAAGCCGCAGAUUACAUAAAUAAAUCAUUGAGAAAAGAUCCUAAUCAUUCAGAAGCUCUUAUUUUAAAAGCUAGCAAUGAUAUACACAUUAAUCUGGAUAUGCAUAAUUCCAUUAUUGAUUGUUUAGAAUUGGUUUUGAGUAAAAAUGAUAAAAAUAUUGAGGCAUUACUAGCUUUGGCUAAAUUAAAAUAUAUGGUUAAAAAGCAUGAAGAAUCUAAUUUAACAUUAGACAAAUUGAUUGUACACCAUCCAAGACAAGUUGUACCAUUGAUUGAGAAAUUGAAAAACGAAUUUGCUGCACAGAAAUGGGAAUCUGUUUAUGAUACUAUUGAGAGAGUCCUGUCAUUAGAACCCACGAACAUUGAAGCACUGAAAAUAAGAAUAUUCAUAGCACUGUGUAAGAAUUCUGAUUAUAUAGAAGCAGUGGAUCAGUUGAAUACACUGUUUAAUAUCUUGGAGAAUGAAGAGAGUAAUAACGCAUAUCAGUUUUACAAUAUCGCACAAACAUUUUCGAAAGUCUGUGGAAGAUCCAGUACUGUUAUUUCACAAGUGUACAGAUUCGCCCAAUAUGCAUCGGAAAUGUAUUCUAACAAUGUUGAUUAUUUAAGUGAAGUUGGCUAUCAGUGCAUUUUACAAGGCAAAUACAAAGAUGCAUUAAAUUUCUUCAAAGCAGCGAGUAAAAUUGAUAGCAACUCGAUAACAGCGUUAUGCGGUUUAACAUUAUGUCAAAUGUAUGAUAAUGGUCCAACUGAGCAAGUAGCACAACAGGUGGAAUUAUUGUUUGAAAUGCAAGGAAACGACAAGUUUCCCAUACUAUAUCUUCUCUCAGCAAAAUUGAAUAGCAAAAAUGCUAAUGCUAAAACAUUCUUGAAUCAAGCUUUUGAAUCUCAGCUGUUGCAUGCAAAUCAAUAUCCUUUCAGUUUAUUGUACAUACAACAUUUAGAUCCAGAUUUCUUGCUGGAAGUUUACAAAGAAUAUAAGAAGCAUCUUCCGAAAAAGCCAUUUGUGAUAACUAGCUAUUUAUUAUACACCCAAGACGACAGAGACACUUCAGCCGAAACUUGUUUGAACAUAUUGAAUAUUAUAUGCAAUGCAUGUCCUGGCUUGAUACCAGCCCUUUUUGAAUUAGCCAAGUUAAGAUUCCUCUCCGGUCAGGCGUUAGAAGCUGAGAAGCUGGCUUUACAAAUUGGAGAACUCGACAACACUCACGCAGGAAGUCAAAUUCUCUUAACUCAGAUUUAUAUUCAACAACAACAGUACGCAAAGGCCUCACAGUGCCUCGAAAUGUGUUUGAGCUACAACUUCAAAGUUCGAGACAGUGCGAUGUAUCAUUUUUUAAAUGGAGUCAUUUUGAAGAACACAAAUCAACUCCAGGAUGCUUUGUCGUUCUUUUCCACAAGCGUACAAAUAUUGAAUAGUAAGAAUAACAUUGGUUCAAACAAACAAAUUGAUGCAGACUUAAAUAUCAUUGAUAAAGCAACGUUGUAUUUCCAAGUAAUAGAGUUGCAGACUGCUUUGAGCCGAUUUGGUGAAGCUGGGAAAACUAUGCAGGAAGCAAUACAAGAAUUCUCUUAUACCUCCGAAGAAAAUCGUCUCCUUAUCGCUCGUGCAGACAUAGCCUUAAAAAAGGGCGACAUAGAUAACGCUAUAGACACACUCAACGAUGUGAAACCGGGUCAACCGUACUACUUCCAAGCUCAUAGUAAAAUGGCGCAUAUAUACUUGAAAGAGAAAAAAGAUCGAACCAUGUUUACUAAUUGCUUCAAGGAUAUUGUUAGCAAUCAUCCAAUGGCCGAUGCUCAUACUAUGAUGGGGGAUGCUUUUAUGUCUAUUUUUGAGCCAAUACAAGCAGCAGAAUCGUAUGAAGCUGCGCUAAAAGGCAACCCUAAAGAAAUACAAUUGGUCAAGAAACUCGGCGCUGCGUUGGUGAAAAUGCACGAAUAUGACAAGGCGAUUCAGCACUACGAAAAUGCGAUAAAACUGACCAAUGUCGAUGAGCUUAGGUUCGAACAUCUUGAACUUCUUAUAAAGCUAAAACAGUACGAUAAGGUCGAUUCAGUUAUAUCGUCCGAACUCAACCAACCGAGCAAUAAAGAAAAGGACACGGCAACCUUAAAAAAGCGUAUAAACCUGCUCCUGGUUCAAGCGAGAAGUAGGGAAUUAAAAAACCCCGUAACAACAAACACUAACUUAAUCCUAGCCGAAGCCAAAGAUCUGCAAAACGCGGUGUUGAAAAGAGUAGAGAUAGACUCGAAGGGAGAUAUUCAAGAAGAGAAGGAGAAGAUGUCUUCUAUUCUCUGUCUGUUGGCGAAGGUGAAAGCACACAAGGAACCGGGUGUUGCCACAAAUUUGCUGUCCGAAGCCCUGAUUUAUUCGCCCAGGAAUUCGGAAACCUUAUUGGCCCUGGCUAAGUUGUAUGCACAGAUGAACAAUCCCGAGAAAUGCGAACAAACUUGUCAAAUACUGUUGAAUUCUGAUCCCAAUAACGAGUCCGCUGCUGUCAUGAUGGCUGACUUAGCUUUCAGAAAGGUGGAUCUAGAGACGGCCCAACGGCACUUGAGCCAGACGCUGUCGGUGAAGCCCAACAGCUGGGAGGCGCUCGCGCAACUGAUAGAGGUGCAGUGGAGACGCGGCUCGCUCGCCGAGGUGGAACCGGCUAUGGAACGUUCUAGAGAGGCGAUCGGGAAAACUGAGGAUCUUGGUUACUCGUACUGCGAGGGCCUAUACUCCGCGUACCAGGGCAAAGUGAACGCGGCGCUGCGGCAGCUGAACGCGGCGCGGUGCUCGGCGCGCUGGGCGCCCGCCGCCGCGCGCCGCAUGGUGCUGCUGUGCCUCGCGCAGCACGCGCACGACGCGCUGCGGGAGGAUGACACACGAAUUCUAGCUCUCCGCACGGCAGAGAAAUUACUUCUGGAAGUUUCGCCAUCGGAAAGAAAAGGUCUUCAAGCGCUACUGCAACUGGCGUCCAAGCAAAAGUCGCACGCUGAGAGAGUGCUGCAAGAACUAUUGCCUACCGUCAGUGAGGAGGGGGCUCAUGACGAUCCAUAUGUGAUUCUGGCAAUAGCUAAUGCGUAUAACAUUGUAAAGCAACCGACACGUGCAAAAAAUAUAUUAAAGAGGACAAUAUCAUCCAUACCGUGGACACCAGAGAAUGCAGAUGGGCUGGAAAAAUGCUGGUUAGAAGUAGCUGAUAACCAGAUCAAUUCUGGUAGAACCGAUGCGGCGAAGGAGUUGUUGACGAAGGUGCUUACACACAACAAAUCCUGUGUGCUAGCUUAUCAGUACUUGGGUUAUUUAUCGGAAAAGGAACAAAGCUACAAGAGUGCGGCGCACAAUUACGAGCACGCGUGGGUUCACUCGGCCAAAACCGACCUAGCCAUCGGUUAUAAGCUCUCAUAUGCGUAUUUGAAACUGAAGAAGUUUCCAGAAUGUAUAGUCGUCUGUAGGCACAUACUGAAAAUACACCCAGAAUACCCUAAGAUUAAAAAGGAGAUAUUGGAAAAGGCUAAAACUAAUUUAAGAACGUGAUUUUUUUGGGUUGGUUUGAGCGAUGUCAGUUGAUGAGCAUGCAAAAUUGUUUUUUUUUUUAUUUUGUUCAUGAAAUAAUUAUUUUUAUGAACUUAUUGAUCGUAACUUGCGUACAAGUCACAUUGAUUUCUUAAAGAACUUAUUUUUAUAUAAUAUACUGACAUAAAGAAACGUAAAAAUGUUUGUUAACAUAUAAUUCUUACGAAUGCUUCAAAAUCUAUACUUAUUUUUACAUUUUAUACGUGUAGCAAGAUUGUUUGAAGUUGAUGUUAUAACAUAAUAUAAAAUUAUGUUCGAAAUAAAAUACAUAUGA